AUGGCCCAUCGUCUCCUCCUUAUCGUCCUCGCGGCUUCCAUUCUUCAUACGGCGUCCUCAGCGACGGUGUACGAUGUCCUGCAACAGAACAAUCUGCCACGUGGUCUCAUCCCACAAGGAGUGACGUCGUACGUGCUCCACCCUGAUGGCCACCUUGAGGUGACCUUGCCUGGCGAGUGCAACUUCGCCAUCACCGUCGGAGGCUCGCCGUACAAGUUUCGCUUUGACAGCAAAUUCGCAAUUGUCCAGGUCGACCAAGCUGGUAACCAGCUGACGUUCAAUGUCGGAACCAGCAGCAUCUCCUUCCCCAUCAGUGAUUUCACAAGCAGCCCCGUCUGUGGCUGA